AUGACUGGAGUUGGAGUUCGUGACGUCGACGCGCGUCUCUUCAUUAAUGCGUACGCCGCAUUCUUGAAGCGUCAGGGCAAGCUGCCUGUCCCUGGUUGGGUCGAUACCGUCAAGACUGGCCACGGCAACGAGCUUCCCCCAUCCGACCCAGACUGGUUCUACACCCGCUGCGCCUCGGUCGCCCGCCAGGUCUACCUCCGCAAGACUGUCGGUGUUGGCCGCGUCUCCAAGAUGUACGGUUCCGCCAAGAACCGCGGUGUCCGCCCCUCGCACCACGUCGAUGCCAGCGGCAGCGUGAACCGCAAGGCCAUGCAGGCUCUCGAGAAGCUGCAGAUCCUCGAGCAGGAUGAGGAGAAGGGUGGACGCCGCAUUACUCAGCAGGGACAGCGUGAUCUUGACCGUAUCGCUCAGACUGUCGCUGAGGCUGACGAGGAGGAGUCCGACGAGGAAUAA